UAAUUUUCAAACAAAGGAAAGAAAUAAGAUUGCAGAAAGAAAUGUCAGCAGAUAAAUAGUCUGACAUAAGACAGUUUCGAAAAAUCUAAUCUCUUCUAUUACCCAUUAAUGAAUAGUACGUUUUUGUUAUAUCUUCUGUAUCUUUCCACUAAGUAAAUACGCGUAGAAUUUAUACAAAGAAUCUACUGAUACAUCAAUUUAUAAAGUCAUUGCUGGUUAGGGUAAAUUCCAUUUCUCGAUAAGUACCUUUUUUGCUCUUUAGAGGAAAAAAAAAUUAGUAGAAAAAGAGAUAAAAAGGAAGAGUUUUUUAGUAGAGACAAGGGAGACGCUGAGAUUACCAAACUCACAAAACCAUCCCUUGACUCUUUUUAUUUCUCCUUCCUAUAUCUUCGUCUUCUUCUUCUUCUUCUUCUCACCACCGGUCCUUCCUUCGGCCUCCUCUAUCGUCCUUGUCCUCUCUGUCUCAAGGUUGUUGUUUAGCUCGGUUUUUGAUAGGAAAUGGAACGUGUUGAAGCAGCGUUGAAGAGCAGUAUCAGGAAAGAGAUGGCUUUGAAAACGACGACGCCGGUUUACGAUGAGUGUAUGGCCAUGACCACCGUUCAGACUGGUUUUCCUGCCGACGAUUUCUCCGUGGACGACUUGCUUGACUUGUCAAACGACGACGUCUUCGCCGACGAUGAUGUUGAACCCAAGGCUCAACAAGAAGAGAUGCUCCGUGUUUCCUCCUCUGAGGAACCGCAUGACCACGGAGACGCUUCUCAUCGGGAUUUUGGGUCUCUCCCUCUUAGCGAACUCUCAGUUCCGGCGGAUGAAUUAGCAAACCUUGAAUGGCUCUCCCAUUUCGUAGACGAUUCCUUCAUGGAAUAUUCGGCUCCUAACCUCACCGGAACCUCGACGAAACCGGCGUGGUUAACCGGUGACCGGAAACACCCGGUGACUCCGGCCACGGAAGAGUCCUGUUUCAAUUCCCCUGUUCCGGCUAAAGCUCGCAGCAAACGGAACCGGAAUGGAGGCAAGGUCUGGUCGCUUGGCUCGUCGUCCUCUUCAGGUCCUUCGUCGUCGAGUUCAACCUCUUCAUCCUCCUCUUCGGGUCCUUCGAGCCCUUGGUUCUCCGGCGCUGAGCUGCCCGAGCCAUUCGCCACGUCGGAGAAACCGCCGGUUCCCAAAAAGCAUAAGAAAAGGUCGGCAGAGUCUGUUUACAGCGGUCAGCCCCUCCAGCAGCGACGGUGCAGCCACUGUGGCAUUCAGAAAACGCCGCAGUGGAGAGCAGGACCCAUGGGAGCCAAGACGUUGUGCAAUGCGUGUGGUGUUCGGUAUAAGUCGGGUCGUUUACUACCAGAAUACAGGCCCGCUUGUAGCCCGACAUUCUCAAGCGAGCUCCACUCCAACCACCACCGGAAAGUCAUGGAGAUGCGGCGGAAGAAAGAGCCAACCGACGACAACGCAACCGGUUUAAACCAGCUUGUUCACUCCCCACAAGCUGUACCAAGUUUUUGAAGACUUAGGGCUUUCAAAUUAGAGCAGAGAUUUAGGAUCAGAGACCCGGUUCAAUCAGUUUUAGCCCAAAGUUAGUUUCUCAUUGACUUUAUUUUUUCUUUGUAUAUUACUUUAGAUAUUUUCUAGCAUUUACUUCUUUUUAUUAUCGUAGUUAGAUUUUUCGUGCUAAGAGUCUCGGUUAAGUUCUUAGUAACUGAUUUGGUCAAUUCGAUAACUCAUAUUGUAUUGUGUUCGUUCGCGUUAGUCUUCUAUUCUUUCUGUUAAAGAUUUUCCAUUUCAAUGUUCUAGCGUUGUUAGAGCAUAAAGUUUGUUUACUUAUG